GCACUCUUCGUUUUGCCUGCUUCCCUUCAAGACCCUCAGGCGCCACGAGCAAACAUGCCCGUGAACGGUCCCAGCAUCAACGACCUGGACGCGCGUCUGUCUAUCGGCAGCAACACGUCCAAGGUCAAGGACAUUGAGGAGGGCGGAUACACUGGUAUCAAGACUCCCGACACCAAGCCGGGCGCAGGUGAGAAGAUUGGCGAGUAUGAAGGAGGCGCGUUGCGCCCCGGCGGCAUGCCGAAUCUGUUAAGCAAAGGCUGCAUCGGUCUACUGUUCCAGUACGCCGUCGUCGGUCUGGUGUACGGCCUGUUGCCUGAGACCAUUUACCCUUUCAUGCAGCAAUACCUGAACUGUUCCGGGUCCCAAGUCGCAGCCGCCAAGCAACUGGUUGUGCUGCCCUGGAGUUUCAAGGUCUUCUACGGUAUUAUGUCGGAUUGCCGCCCGAUCUUCGGAUACCGUCGGCGUCCAUACAUGCUCAUUGGUUGGACGAUCUGCAUCCUAACGUUGCUUGCCAUGGCCAUAAUGCCGAUCGGCAAGCCGUACUACACCGUCGCAUCGGACCGGGACGUCGCCGUCGCCGACUACACGGACGAGAUCAGGGCCCGUAUCAACUACGACGCUCCAUCGGAAGGCGCCAAGUACGUCAUCAUCAUGCUGUUCGCGGCGUGCGGCUACGUUCUCUCGGACGUUUGUGCCGACAGUAUCACGUGUGAACUAGCUCAGCAGGAGCCCAUUGACAAGCGAGGCAAGACCCCAAUCCCACCAUCUACGUCGUGCGUACGGCUCUCGUCAUCUUCGCUAAUGAUCAUUGCGACGGUGCUGUCACUGCCCGUGUUGCCCAUGACUUGGUACUUCAUCCAUGAGGACAAGUCGGAACCCGCCGACAUCCGUCAGUAUCUCAACGACUUCUGGGACUUGAUGUGCUCGCGCGCCGUGUACCAGGUGAUCGCGUACAACUUCUUUGCUGGUAUCUUCGCCACGAUCACGUACACAGCCAGCUCCCCGGUCGCCUCGUACAUGGUGGACGUCACGCCCAUCAACAGUACGGUCAGUGACAUCCUCAGCAACCUCCUGUUCAUGGCCGGCAUCAUGAUCACGUCCAAGUGGGGGUUGCACUGGAACUGGCGCUGGAUGAUCAUCGCCACGGGAGCUGCGGUGAUCGUGGUGGACUGUGCCGUCGCGAUGAUGGUCGUCUGGGACGUGUUCCGUAACCAGUGGUUCUGGCUCGGCCCGCCCAUUGUGGUCCAACUCCCGUACGGCGUCGGCUGGAUCAUCUCGACGUACGUCGUGGUGGAACUGGCUCAAGUGGGCAACGAGGCGGCGGUGUACGGCUUGAUCACGACCGUGAGCAACGUGGCCCAGCCGUUCGCCACGUCGUUGACGCUUCUGAUGAACGGUCCGUUCGAUAUCUCCAACGACCGUGUCAAGGAGGACGACCACUCUGUCCGCAUGGACAUCACGUACACCAUCAUCAUCAUGUACUCGUGCAUGGCCUUCUCGUGGGUCUUUCUGUUCUGGCUGCCCAAACAGAAGGAGGAGACGCAAGAGCUGCUCCGUAAGGGUGGACACAGCAAACUCAUUGGUGGCGUCACGGUCUUCUACCUGGUCUUCGCCAUCAUCUGGUCCAUCAUGACCAACAUCAUGGCCAUCUUCGACAGCACCUCGUGCUUGAUCAUCGCAGGCGGUACCGGCUGCUAA